AUGGCCGGGGAGCGAGAAAGGAAAGAGUUCCCACAAUGCCAAGCUCUUCACGGCGGGGCCGUGCGGCGGCACGCCGCGACGGGAAGCGGAAGCAAAUGUCCAGUGGAGGGGCGGGACAAGAAGAGGCGGGCCGGUACUGGUUACUAUGGCGGCUCAGUGGUGUCCGGCCUUUUGCGACCCCACCAGGUUUUGCAGCCGAGUGGUCUGAAAUUUCACCUUGCUGUGUUCUGCUGCUCUGAAGCGGCGCGCUGCGGAACUCAGGAAAGUGGAACAGGACGGGAGUUGGAGAAGCCGACUGAGAGUGAAGCGGGAGGGGCGCUGAGAAGAGGCGGCGUCUGGACCUCGGCCUCAGUGCCACAGAGCGCACUUCUGCCCGAAGCCCCGGCUCUUAGGAGACUCGGGGAGGACCCAGGUGCGCGCCCCCACCCAGCGGUGCGCGCCCUCCAACGCAGCGGUGCGCGCUCCCACCCAGCGGUGUGCGCCCCCAAAGCAGCGGAGCGCGCCUCCCAUCCAGUGGUGCGCGCCCCCCAGCACAGCGGAGCGCGCCCCCCCGCCAGCGGUGCGCGCCCCCACCCCGUGCUCCGCUGCGCGCUUGCGCUCUGCAAGCGCCGGAGCCGGCCGCUCCGAGUUCAAGGAGCGUGUUGCCCGUGA